GGAACUUCCAAGCAAAUCCUUGUUAAGGCUAACCAAUCACCGCCCUUGAACUCUUGAAGGUGGCAGCCAUGCUCCCCAGCCGUCUAUAUUUCACCUCGCCUCCAUGCUGUUGUUCAUGUCGAACCUGUUUUGCAUCCCGUCCGCACGCUACAGCCGGGCCAGCCGGUAUCUGCACCCUCAGGACUUGGUAGCUCUUCUGCAGUCUCUGUCUUUCCCAUCAAUUCGACUUCCCAGCAAUCCGUUUCGCUUUCUCACACUUCCUUCUUGCUUUUAACUCAGUGGACAGCCGCCCUUCUCGAUGUGAUGACUGACCGUCGAGUUCAAGGUUGUACCACAUGUACUAUGGCACCACCGGAUCCAAAUCGCUGGACGUUCACAGACUAUGUGUGCUUUCUGCGAAGUCAUGGGUUUCAUAAUCUUGCCGGCCUCGACGAAUUUCUCCAAUGGGGUCUCGAGGCUAGCCGAAUGCCGACAAUGCAACGACCUCAGCGGGCAACAGCCAUCCUCCUAGAAUUUGGAACGUCAAGUUUCAGAACGUCCGACCUUACAGACACAUCGAAACUCAGAGUGUUGUUAAAGGAAUGGACCAGAAGAUCCCCCGAGACGCCGCCUACAUCGCCGGCGUCUGGUUCUCAAGGACGGGGCGCUCAAGGGCGGAUUAUUAUGGUCAACAAUGCCAACCCGGAGAUGGUUGACACCCUUGGAAGUCUUCUCAACAUUGAGCCGGCAUUUUUCGCCUCACAUAUUAGUGAUUCUGCCACCGGCGGUGCUGGGGACGGCCAUACAGGUUCUCCACUGGCGUCGCAAAAUCUAAAGCACCAGAAGAACUUCUUUACGAUUGAAUAUCCUUGUACGUUCAUGACCACAAAUUGUGGGAAGGAUGUCGACAUCGAGAAGCUCUACUGCAAGGGAAACUAUCACCGACGAGUGGAAGUUUGUUCGAAACAUGGAAGACAGAAAGUCGCCGUAGCUCGUCGGAAAAUUUCGUUCUACAUGAAGAAGACUCUCGAUCCCUGGAUAUGUGUCGUGCUUGUUGACCCACCGAUCUCCUUCUUCACACUUGGAGCAGAACCGUAUGGAGCAUACUCCCCGAGCCAGCGUCUGGAAGUCACCGGCUACCAGGGAGGCUAUCUCGACUUCCUCGAACAAAAACCACCUUCCAGUAGGACUGACCACGACUAUCGUGCAUGUGGUGCGAGGCCGAUGUGUCCAAACCCAUUCGACGAUCUCUGCCGGCACUGGCAGAUCAUGGCCCGAGACGGCCUUCUCAAUCCAACCGAGAACAACCUGGUCAACAUUAUGCGGCCAGUAUUUCAGAUCGCAGCCAGCGAAUGCACCAAUUUCUUCGAUUACAUUCGGUCUACACUAGAAAACCAACUCAUCUCCACCUCCCUCACAGUCGACCCAACCAAGACAAAGAGGAUCCUAGACAAAGUCAUUUCCCUCGACUCGAUGCUCAGCAGGUACAAACCCAUCCUGACGCGGAUCAAGUCCUACCUCUCUUCCGACUCGGACCUGAACGAGGAUUAUCGAAGCCUCUUGAUCGAUCUGCACCACUACAGAGCGGAAUGCGACUCGAAAAUGCAGCACAUCCUCGCCGUUUCUCAAUGCCAAGAUACUUCCUCCCUCCGCUCGAUUGAGUCCGAAUCCCAGCGUCAAGCAGACUACUCACGUUAUCUGACCAUCAUUGCCCUCAUCUACGCACCCUUUGCGCUGUCAUGCGCGAUAUUCAGCUUACCGCACGAUUUUGCCCCUGGAGCACAUUAUUUUUACGGGCUUUUGCCCGCGACUGCAGGGGUAGCGAUCGUGUUUUUGUUGCUGGUGUUGCCAGAGGCGAGGGAUCCCUUGCCGAGUAUUAAGGCGGCAUUUUGCGGCAAGCUCACCAAGAAGAGGUUGCUCGCCAAACCGAGUAGUCGGGGUUCAAGGGCGGGCGGGCUCAAUGAGAAGUUGGAUAUGGAUGAGGUGUAAUUGCGGGCAGAUUACACUGAUGGUUAUGGAGGGAUACCCUCUCCAAAGUCCAGAUGCUUUUGCGGCAGGAGGCAGCGCCUUAUGCUUUGCCUGGUGCGCCGAAGGGAACAGAACCCAAAGCUACAAGACUCGUGUCUUGCAACGAUUGACGGCAUAAAGCAUCGCAAAUGGCGCUUCAACCUUGUGCGUCAGAGCCAUCGCGAGCGAGACCACACAAUGCCAGGCGUUCAUGAGAAUCACGACUUCAAAAUAUCUGUUCUGUGUUUCAUGGAGCAUUGCGUCCACUUCACGUCUGCCAACACAAAUCAGACACCUCCGAGGCUACGCAGAAUCUACACCACUACCUCAGUGGGUGGGCGGGGCGUAUGUGCGAAAGUUUAAGUGUUCUUCCGUGAAGAAAGGAUGCCUCAAAUGCCAAUGUCUUGAGCAGGACAGGAGAAGAGAGGGGAACGGUCCAAAAAAUGCGAAGCCCUGCACGAGUGACAGAGCGCAUGGGUCUACAUCGUCCUACUCUUCUACCGAUUCCAGGAGUGUCCUGCCUGCGAGCAUGUGGGUUCUACGUCCUGUUUAUCGAACAUCGUCCUAACGCUGCUGUGGAGGUCCUCACGGUGCUGGUUGUGGCGGUGGUCGCGAUGCUUUCUGGAGAUCUAGCUCCCUUCGCUUCUACUAUCAUAUACCCAUAACAUACCAUCGGUCUGUAGCUAGCGAGCUGAUACGCAGUGUAUUCAUGCUACACGCACUGUUAUAAUGAACGAAAUGUAAUGCAAUGGAAUGUAAUGCCAAUGAAACGAACCAGGGG